AUGACCUCAAUUACCGGUCCGCCGGACCCAAUUACCGGACUGCCUGACGCCAGCGAUGCCGGUUUUGAAAUAAUGCAAGAAGAAGAAGAAUGCAGGACUUUUACCACUUUGCUCCUUAUUAUGACUCCCUGGACUGCGGUGGCCGCCCGAGGGGCGGGGACGCCAGCUGGGGCCUCCAGGUGUGUGUGGGCAUCUUGUCUGCAGCCAGCGUCCCCGAGGCCGCGCUCGGCCCAUAAUCACUCAGUGAAGCUGCGCCGCGACAGCGCGGCCGACUUUUUCUGGCACUGUGAGGACCUGUGCGCAUUGCAGGAUCCCGUGCCUCUGCCCGCCGUGCGCGCCUCCCUGCGGGAGGGCCUGCUGGACUUCAACGCCGACCGCCUCCGCGGGGUGGACUGGGCGCCGCCCCUGAGCACCCUCUGCCCCCGAUCUGUAUCCAGAGCUUCUUCCAGCCACGGCUUGUAUCAGACUACCAGAAGGCAUGAAGAAACCUGGGCUGAGAGUCUUCAUUCCAGGAGACCUGAUCUUGACUGUAUGGCUGGUUUGAGGUGCAUCACUCUGAAUUGCAGCACGCUCUUUGGUGACCUGGGUGCAAGUGCUUUGGCAGAAUCUCUUAGCGAAGAUUUAUGGCUUUAUACAGCACUUGACCUGCAGCAGUGUGGCCUCAGCAGUGAAGGAGCAAAGGCUUUACUAAAGGCCCUUGAAACCAACAGAACUCUGGUCAUUCUGGAUGUAAGAAAAAAUCCACUUGUUGGAUUGGCCACAAAGAAACCUGUAAGUAAUGGAAGGAAACACUCUGCUGGUAAAGAGUGUUAUGGUCCUGAACCUCUACCACCUGGUGUGUCUGGUUUCCUGCCGUGGCGUACUGCAGAACGUGCAAAAAGCAACAGGGGCUUUCCAUUCAUCAAACUCGUGAUGUAUGUAGUCAGGUGCAGGUCCAUCAGAAUUUCCUGUGACUGUGACAGUAGAGAGUCCUUCCUCCUCAGAAAUCGAAGAAGUUGAAGAUUCCUCAGAAAGUGUUCAGGAAGAGCCAGAGAAAAUCCGUUUGAAACAAGAAGCAUUGCCGGCCUUCAUGCCCACUCAUUGACAAGCAUGAUCCUGGAUGAUGAAGGUGUUUUGGGCAGCACUGAGAAUUCUUUUCAGAAGUUCCAUGC